AUGGCAGAUAACGUGAUCCUGAUCAAAGAGAGCAAGACCUGGGAGGAGGCCUUAUAUUACUGCCAAGAUCACUACCAUGACCUGGUCUCCAUCACCAACCUUGACGAGCAGAGAUGGGUCCAAGAGAGAGCCAAGAUGGCCAACACACCCCACGUCUGGCUGGGACUGCGCUACACCUGCACUCUGGGUUUCUGGUUCUGGAUCAGUGACGAGGCAGUCGAAUACAAGAACUGGGACUCACCCGGACAGACGGAUGAAUGCGACAUGUCUGGAGCCAUGGACCGCGGAGGGCAACAUAAGUGGUUCAAAAAGAUUGACCACGGGGAGUUUAAUUUCAUCUGCUCUAUGGAGUAUAACGUGAUCCUGAUCAAAGAGAGCAAGACCUGGGAGGAGGCCUUAUAUUACUGCCAAGAUCACUACCAUGACCUGGUCUCCAUCACCAACCUUGACGAGCAGAGAUGGGUCCAAGAGAGAGCCAAGAUGGCCAACACACCCCACGUCUGGCUGGGACUGCGCUACACCUGCACUCUGGGUUUCUGGUUCUGGAUCAGUGACGAGGCAGUCGAAUACAAGAACUGGGACUCACCCGGACAGACGGAUGAAUGCGACAUGUCUGGAGCCAUGGACCGCGGAGGGCAACAUAAGUGGUUCAAAAAGAUUGACCACGGGGAGUUUAAUUUCAUCUGCUCUACGGAGUAAAACCCAUCUACUCAUUGGUAGCAGGCGUUUUAUUCAUUUACUCACUUUGUUUGCAGUGGUGUGACACUUAUAUAUGUUCUCUGAAUGGCAUUCUGGGAAAUGCAGGCAUCACAACCUAAGGGGGGAGGGAGAGUGGCUACACUUAAGUCAAUAACGAAGUAUCACAAGAUAACUGAUGAUGUGACCCUGUAAACAGGUUUUUCUCUCUCCUUAUUCUGAUUCAGGAACAUGUUAUUUUCUGAAGUUGACGUUCCAUUGUCUUUCUCUUGAAGUGUGUAUCUU